UGAGCCCUGGGAGCGAGCAGGUGGAUGUCAGCUCCAUCCAUAGUCCCAGUGGAUUGACAUGGAUGAGGCUUGUUCAGGCAGCUUGCAGUAGCAAGGAGCAGAACCUGGAAGCUUACUUGGAAAACAGUCAGCUAUUUUUCCACCCCACGAGGAAGAUCAGCCAAAAUGAAGAGCUCUUUGUUCGGUAUGAUGAGGAGCUUUCAUGCAUCCUAAGUUUCCAGGAUAUUAAAGCCAGAGCUCUCCAUAAAGACUACAGGUGCCCUGAAUGCAACCAUACCUUUAAGUGUGAGCACACCUAUCUCUCGCACAUUUGCUUCCUGUGUUCUCCAGGGAAAGCCCCCUUGGUGAUGAGCUCUCCAGACCCCAAAGCCCUGCAUACCAGGGAUCUGGACCAAUCUACCAACUUCCACAACCUAGCCAGAGACCUGGAGUUCAAAAUGGCCACCCAGAAAGAUACCCUGCACAGCCCUUUGUCUGAAAAGAGGACAAAAACCAAUGAAGCCGAGCAGAGCCAGGUUCAGAAAAUGGUGUUACUGGAGAAAACAAACUACUUGAAGAAGGGACUGCCCUCUGUUCCCUGCAGCAUCGAGGAUGGAGGGACUGAGCAUGUGUUGUCAGCUGCCAUAUGGAAGCUCAGCCCAGUGAAGCAGUCAUCCAAGAAGGCCCCCUGGGACCAGAAGCCCAGUGCUUUCACAGAGGUCAAGAGACUAAAGGACAAACUUCAGAAUGAGAAAGCCAGUGAGGGGGACCAAGGCCCUGGCUCAGACCAACUUGGCAAAGAACAGCAACCAAUGGAUUGUGUCUUGAGUGGGGCAGGGAGUGCUUUCUCCUUUGUGUGGCCUGCCCGAGCCCUGGGAGAGCUGGGGAGUGCUUUCAGCAAACCAGUCAAGUGUCUGGCUCAGAGAACAGCACUAAGCUCCCAGCUCCCAGUCAGCAACUCGGCAGAAGCCCUGGGGGAUCUGUCAGGGUUCAUUAACACCAUGGAUGCUAUGUGUUGUGGAAAUCUUUUGAAUUCCAAGUUUUCCAUCAGCGAUUUGUGCAACUUACAAAUGUUACAGGAGUGGGCCCCCCAGUGCAACACCUUCCCAUAUGCCUCAGAACUGUGGCCAAAGCCUGUAGCUCAGUUACACAUAUCUCCGUCGUCUGCCUCCUCUACCCCGUCUUCCCCAUCUUUGACGCUCCUGCCGCCCACGUUCACAUCGCUUGGCAUGGCUACGCAGAACUGGUGUGCUAAAUGUAACCUCUCAUUCCGUAUGACAUCCGACUUGGUUUUCCACAUGCGAUCACACCACAAGAAAGAAUACUCGUCUUCUGAGGUGCAGGCCAAGAGGAGGCGGGAAGAGAAGCUGACCUGCCCAAUUUGCCAUGAGUAUUUCCGAGAGCGCCACCAUCUAUCCCGGCACAUGACUUCUCACAAUUAGAGAUAUAAUCAUGGACUGAAUCAGUCCUGCCCCACCUGCUAUGGCUCUGUUGCUGAAGGAAGGAACGGUUUUUGAAUACCUUUCUUUAGGGAAAUGUCUAUUUACAAUGACUGACUGGUCUUAGUUUGAAAAAGGCAGAGUUACAGAGUUGUCAAGUUUAAAGGGAGCUUAGUGGCCAUCUUGUCUAACCCUUACAUACAA